GUGGAAACAGCAUCCAUGUCAGAAAACGGCAAUUUCAUUCUAUACAGCAGGAACCUAACUGUUGUUUGGCAAAGUUUUUCACACCCUUCUGAUACACUUCUACCAGGCCAACCCUUAUCAGUCUCUCUCGAAUUAACAUCUUCAAUAUCACCUGCAUAUGGUGGUUUUUAUACACUGAAAAUGUUACAGCAGCCCACUUCACUAAACCUCGCUUUGACAUAUAACUUGCCUGAGUAUGGUUUUAUGCCUGAACUUUAUGCCAAUUACUCCUACUGGUCAGGACCUGACAUAUCCAAUGUGACCGGCAAUGUAGUUGCAAUUUUGGAUGAAGCAGGAAGUUUUGGAAUCAUGUAUGAUUCGUCCUCUGAUGGAGCCGUCUAUGUCCACAAGAAUGAUGGUGAUAAUGGAGGCUUAUCCUUGGCCACAAACCAGACAGACAGGCCAUCUGUUCUUAGGCGAUUGACGCUUGAGAUGAAUGGCAAUUUACGGCUUUAUCGAUGGGACAAUGAUGUUAAUGGCUCACGGCAAUGGGUCUCAGAAUGGGCUGCCGUCUCUAAUCCAUGUGAUAUUGCUGGUAUUUGCGGGAAUGGGAUAUGUAAUUUAGACAGGAGUAAGACGAAUGCAUCCUGCACAUGCUUGCCAGGUUCCAAUGCUGGCAAUGACGGAUACUGCUGGGCAAAUUCAUCUCUGACUGGGAAAUGCGGCCGUCAUCAUGAGAAUCUUACAUCCCAGUUUAAGAUUUCAACACUUCAACAAACUAAUUACUAUUUCUAUGGUUCAUCAGUUAUAGCAAAUUAUAGUGAUAUAGGGACUGUAUCAAAGUGUGGUGAUGCUUGUCUAUCUGAUUGUGACUGUGUUGCUUCUGUUUACGGGCUCAAUGAGGAAAAACCUUACUGUUGGGUUCUGAGGAGCCUGGAGUUUGGUGGCUUUGAGGAUCCAGGCUCGACCUUGUUCGUGAAGGUUCAGUCGAAUGGCUCAUCUGAAAGCACAAAAGAUUCAUCUUCAGAUGGGUCUGAGAUAUCAAAGAAGAAGAUUCUGGUGCUUCCAAUUGUCCUUAGCAUGAUGGUCCUGAUUGUGCUGCUCGUUUGCUUGCUAUACAUCAGUGUUCAUAGAAAGAGAGCCUUAAAGAGAGCCCUUGACAACUCUUUUAUUUUCUCUGGAGCUCCAAUUAAAUUCAGCUACAAGGAAUUGCAGUACAGCACCAAUAACUUUUCCACCUUGAUUGGAACAGGUGGAUUUGGCAGCGUAUACAAGGGAACCCUAAGUGAUGGAACGCUGAUUGCAGUCAAGAAGCUUGACAGGAUUCUGCCACAUGGGGAGAAAGAAUUCGUUACAGAGGUGAAUACCAUAAGUUCCAUGCAUCACAUGAACUUGGUUCGUCUCUGCGGAUACUGCUCGGAGGCGUUGCAAAGGCUCUUGGUUUAUGAAUUCAUGAAAAAUGGGUCGUUGGACAAAUGGAUAUUUCCCUCCAACAAUUGCCAAGACAGGCCACUCGAUUGGUCAACGCGCUUUCAUAUAGCUCUCGGCACCGCCCAGGGAAUUGCCUACUUUCACGAGCAAUGCCGGGAUAGGAUAAUUCAUUGUGACAUCAAGCCGGAAAAUAUCCUGUUGGAUGAAAAUUUUUGUCCGAAAGUGUCUGAUUUUGGACUAGCAAAAAUGAUGGGGAGAGAGCACUCACAGGUGGUCACCAUGAUCAGAGGAACCAGAGGCUAUCUAGCCCCUGAAUGGGUCAGCAAUAGGCCCAUAACCGUAAGGGCCGAUGUUUACAGUUAUGGGAUGCUUCUUCUGGAGAUCAUUGGGGGGCGGAGAAAUCUUGAUAUGACUUUUGAUGCAGAGGAUUUCUUUUUCCCCGGGUGGGCUUUCAAGGAAUUGACAAGCGGAUCAGCAAUGAAAGUUGCAGAUAGACGAAUGGAAGGAAGAGUGGAAGAAGGAGAGCUGAUAAGAGCUCUGAAAACGGCAUUCUGGUGCAUCCAAGAUGAGGUUUCCACGAGACCCUUCAUGGGUGAAGUGGUGAAGAUGCUGGAAGGAACAGUCGACAUUAAUACGCCGCCAAUGCCACAGACCGUCCUAGAGUUGAUUGAAGAAGGGUUGGAUCAUGUGUACAAGGCCAUGAAAAGAGAGUUUAACCAGUUCAGCUCCUUCACCAUUACCUCUCAUCCAUCGUCUCGCGCUACAUGCAGUUAUUCCACCAUGUCACCUAGAUGA